AUGGCAAAAAGAGUUUUUAGAGGAGACAGAAUAUCAGAGUUGCCUGUGCAUAUCAUUCAUCACAUCUUAUAUAGCACUGACCUCGACGUGAAAGAGGUGGCGAGAAGUUGUAUCUUGUCCAAGAGAUGGUACUUUUGUUGGACUUCAAGACCUAAUCUCAUAUUCGAUCUAUUUAAAGGCUGCAAAUAUAUGCCCCUCGAAAACUAUGCCAAGUUGGUUGAUCAAUCCCUCCAAUCCCACGUCCAACAAAACUUACAUCUUGAACAAUUAAGCCUUACAUAUCGUGAUCAUCGAGAAUUUGAUUCUCUGCACGUUGAUACUUGGAUUGAAUUGGCUUUUAAACUUAACGUCAGAGUGCUGGAGAUUUAUGCUUCCUUUUUAAGAUCAUAUAGCUUACCUGAUGUUAUUUAUGAUGCUAAAAACCUGACAACAUUGCGGUUAAGAAAUUGCAAGUUUGAAUUUGAUAUUAGCACCACUCCCAUAAGAUUUGAUUGUCUUGACGAUCUUUAUUUGCAUUGUGUCCAUAUAUCAGAUGCUCAAUUGCAAAGAAUUAUCGAUAGAUCCCCGUGCAUCAGGAAUCUAUCCCUAGUCGAUUGCCCAGGAAUAAACAAAUUGCAAGUUUGUGGCCCAGUACAUCUCGAGAAUUUGAUUGUUCAAUUGUGCAAAUUCGAUAGUGUGAUAGUCCAGGCGCCAAAUCUUCAAUGCUUUAAAUAUGUAGAGCAUCAUGCUGUUCGUCCUUGCAAAAUUGAUAUUUUGGAUGGUUACAAUACUUUACAGACACUGGUGCUCUGUGGUGCCAGCAUCACAGACCAACAGUUUAGAGAUGUAUUCUACAAGUUCUCAAACAUAUCAGAAUUGGAUCUAACAUCAUGCCUUCAGUUGAAAAAUAUAGAGAUUCAGAGUGAAAAAUUAAAGAAAUUCACUUUGGUACGGAUGGAGAGUCUGGAAAAAGUUACUAUUCAAGCUCCAAAUUUAUUGGAAUUUGAUUUUGAGGGUGAUAAAGUGCCCUUCUCAUCUAUGGAUCCCUUCUCAUCUAUGGAUCCUUCUUCCCUGGAAAGAUCCCAACUCAAUUUCUUGUCGCCGCGCACAAACUUUGGAUCAGUGGACAGCCGUUGGUACACAAAUCUUCAUCACUUUGUUCAAAAGUUCAACUAUUCUAAAGGUUUGAUAUUAGCAAUAUUUUGCCGCAAGACGAAUAACAUCCUUAUUUAUGAAAAUCCAAGAGAAAUUGUUAUUCCUCCAAGUCAUGAUGUCGAGAUAUUCAUUGCACCCAUACAGCGUGUUGAAUCAACCAUUAGAAAGUUAAUGCUCUACUAUCCUUGGAUAAUUUCCAUACUUCCAUGUACAAAUAGCAAAGUACUCAAGGUGAUGUCUGUACUAAAAGGGUGUACACAGAAGCAGAAUUGUGGUUCAGAAUGUCCAUUCAAUACCGAGUAUUUCCACAGGCAUAGUAUAUUAAAAGAUGUCAUCAGUUGUCCCUGUUGUCCCUUUUGUCUCUGUACAGGGACAACUGAGGUGGGGAUGACCAUCAUUUGGUAUUCCUGGUUGAAAUCCACGCCUCUAGCUGACCAAGUGAAAAAUUUCAUGCUCAAAUGGUAG